AUGCAAUAAACCUCAGCGUACAAAGUCGUGCUUGCUGGAGACAGCAAAGUUGGGAAGACAAGUUUCUUUUUGAGAGCCACGAAGAACAUUACGCCUUAGCAACCUAAAUCUACGAUUGGAGUUGAAUAUGCCUCGAAGCAGAUUGUUUAUAAGGAGUAGUUGGUGACAUUGAAAAUCUGGGAUACAGCUGGAUCAGAAAAAUAUAAGUCUGUGACAUCAAAUCAUUUUCGUUAAUCCUAAGGAGCCUUGAUAUUUUUUGAUCUAACCGAUCUGUACACUUAUGAGAAUAUAUAAAAUUGGCUAAAAGAUAUACAAAAUUAUGCUGAUGAUUCCGUAACUAUAAUAAUAGUAGGCAAUAAAUUGGAUCUUGUGAAUGAGGCUUAGAAUCUGCGUUGCAUUCCUUUAGAAAAGGCACAGCAGAUGUGUAAGGAUUAAAAUUUGUUAUACGUGGAAAUAUCGACUAAGACUGGAGAGGGAAUCAACGAAUUAAUUGAAUUACUAGUUAAGAAUUUGCAGGCAAGGAAAAUUGAGAAUGUGCCCGAAUAAGAAAGACCAAGAUAAAAUUGUUGUCACUGA